AUGUGCGAUACUGCAAAUACUGUUCCAAAUUCUCCAUCUAUAGAAACACCUCCUAAAGCGUUGCCUGAUUCGGAAACGUUUCCAACAAUUAGACCUCCAUUCCCACCAGUUAUCAAUGUUGAAGAUUUAAUUUCACUUAGAGAAUCCUCAGAUGGUACUCAACUGUUUCCAUCUCGAGCUCCGAAUGCAUUCAUAAUUUACAGGAAACAAUUUGUAAAAGCUGCACGAGAUAAUGGUUAUUUCCUACCUAUGACAGUAAUUUCAUCAUUAUGUUCUCGAGCUUGGGAGAAUGAAGAUGAAGUUGUUAAACUGACUUAUAAAAAAAUUGCGAGGGAGACUUAC